AGUGACUGCAACCAUGAAUUCUUUUGAAAAAUUGAGCUACCUGAUCAUUCUUUUGGUUCACAUAAGAAUCCACUGCGUUUUAUCAGUUGUCCAGAAAACAUGUGGAAAACACCAAUUCCAGUGUGAUAACGGGAAGUGCAUACUAUUGCAAAGAGAGUGCGAUGGACGACUUGACUGUAUUGAUUUAUCUGAUGAAUUACACUGCACCAAUGAACCCGAACCAAAAUGUACAAAAGAAUUUUUCCAGUGCUCAGAUGGAUAUUGCAUUCAUUAUUUUGAGCAUUGCGAUAACUACACCCAUUGCGAAGAUGGAUCUGAUGAACGGAACUGCGUCCCACCACCCUGUACAGAAACUCGGGAGUUCGAGUGUUUAAAGAAUAAACAGUGCAUUCCUAGGACAAAGCUCUGCGAUGGACAAAUUGAUUGUGAGGAUGGCUCCGACGAGCGGACUUGCUUUGAUGACAGAAAACAUUGCAGAAACCUGGAUUUUCCUUGUGAGAAAGAUAAAAUCUGCCUUCCCAGAGCAUGGCUAUGCGACGGCGACGACGAUUGCGACGAUGGCUCUGACGAAAUGCACUGUCCCUUCAUUUCUUUCCAUUCAGCUUCAACCACAGUAAUCCCUGCAACAACGGAGCAGACAUGUCCAGACAACUACUGCAUGCAUGGCGCAGACUGCAUCGUCGUCGAAGGUGAAUACAUUUGUAACUGCUCUCCAUCUUUCACGGGAGAGAAGUGCGAAAGGAGCAUCUCUGCUGAACUGGAAUUCCAUGAUUUAGGAUUGGUCAUAGGCAUAUCUAUGACGUUAAUCAUCAUUUUCAUAAUCAUGGCCUUGAUGCUGUUUUGCUAUUUUAAGAGGAGAUCUGAGAGACAUUCAACUGCUCUGAGGGGAAAAACUGAAAGUCAAAUGCCAAUUGCUUCGUACUCAAAAGAAUGAAUGAAUUAGCCUUUCCACUGAAGUUGAAGAUCAAGGAGUUUGAUGGACAUCAAAAGAAAAUAAUUUAAUUUUUCAUUUCGGUCACUCAAUAAUAUUUUUUGAAUCUUCUGUAUCAAAUUACAAAGAAAAGAAAUAA